GGAAACUGUCUUUAUAUUGUUCAGUCAAGGCAUGUACCGAUCUGAAGAUGACGGACUCUGUCUCACUUGUGGUUGACAAUGAAUUUUGACGUUUACACGUGAGGAUUUUCUGUCACCUCCGCUGUUGCAGUUCAGACUUUAUAUUUACCACGCCAUUUUAAACGCAUGACAAACGUAUAAGGCCCAGUGAGCAUAAUGUAUAGCACGUGUCAUCCAGCAUUUUACGAUAUAGAAAAACUUGGCUGCACGAAUGCUCUGCAAAUCACGAUUGCAUUUCAAACAUACAUAGAACUGUGCGAAGUGAAACGGUUUUGGGACGUACAGUACAAGUAUAACAAAUCACUUGACUUGAUCUAUCUGGAAGCUUGUGCAACCAAAUCAUCUCCAUUGCAAAAAUACAUUCCAUGGCCAGCAGUAAAUGCCAUAUCUUUGAAUCAUAUCGAGCAAAUGCAAAAGGAAUUGAAGAGUGAACGAUUGACACUGGUUUUCGUAGAGGGGGACAGUACCAGUAUUUAUUACUGUGUUUCAGCUGGACUUGUAAAACCGGCAUCGCCAGAACAAAGCAAAGAGUACAAAAAGAGGCAAGAAAAGAAAAUUGAAUUGGAAAGUGAAAUAAGAAAAAAUGCUUCAAAUCUCUAUGAAUUAGCUACUUCGGUAGAACGUAAAGAGAGUCAAAGCAAUCCUGAAUUGUCUGCAGGGGAUUGAAACGCACAGUUCAUACUUGAAAUAUAAGUCAAGCAGAAGAAUUGCUCCGUAUAAAAUUAUUUAAAAUAAUUGCAGUCAAACAGUUUUUUUUCCUUGUAUUUAUUGUAUGCAUAAUUUUUCUUGGGCAUAUUAUAAGUUUAUAAAUUUUAGAGUUAUCACUAAAAACUACGCAAUUAAUUAAUAUAAUAUUGUAUCAAGCUGCCACUGCAAUUAUACGUAUCAAAUAAAUUAAUACUUUAAAAUCAUCACGUAGGCAUCAUGGUUAUUAGUUGUUUAGUAUAUAAACUAUAAAGUAUGAGGCACAUAGUACAGUUUUCUUUGUCAUAACAGGUAUGUUGAAUAUUAGGGAUAGUGUAAUGAAUGCAUCACCGAACACAUCUUAAGAUUAAAACCUAACAAUGUUAUUAGGUAAAUGUAUGUAAAAAUUGAGUAAGGAAACGUUUUUACUGUACUAGUAAAAACUUUCAAAACAAGAAGUUAUAUGACUAUCUACAAUUGAAGAUUUAUUGGGUAUUUCAUGUUGUAAUUUAUGUUAUAUACACCAUACGAAUUUGUUAUUUCCCGAAUACAUGUUAAUAUGUGCUUCUUUUAGAGUCACGUGCAAAUUAUUUGAUCGCGUAACUAUACAGUUAAAAGUGGAAGUAAUGGAACUCAACAUUCAAAGUGAUAAAUCUUAUUACUUGUUAAAUAGACAGUUCAGUCAUGAUCGAUAAUUAUUUAAUGCUUCGUAAAAUAGUAAACAACGAUCAAAAAAAUAUGAUGAUUAAUAAUAAUAAAUCAAUCGAGAAGAUACCGUAACGUGAGUAGUUUGGUAAGAAUUGCUCUAGCUUAGAAAUAAACGGAAAGAUUAUUUGUUUCCCGGAUAAGUGUUCAGUUUUGGCAGUUCAAAGUUGCGUCGAUGAUAUAGAAGCAAAGUAGGUGAACAAUGCCUGCAGAACAAUAUAUUAGUAUUUAGCUUAUCAAGACGUGUUACUGUAAUUAUCAAUAAUUGUUGAAAUUAUUUCAACACGCAUUCAAAAAUUACAAUUUUCUUCAUAUCAAUGAAUCGAGGUUGACAUUAAUACAAAAAUCACAUAUGUAUUAGAAUAAACUAUGUUCUUGGCAACAACUUAUACUACGAUUAUGAUUCAUUAUGUUGGAUAUGCAGUUAAAAUGAUUUUUCUUUUUUUUUUAAUUUUAUUUAUAUUAAAAUUAUUUUACUUUUGACGAAUACGAUCGUAAUCUAUAUCUGAUCGUUUACCUUCAUUUUCUUAUAAAGUAUAGAAUGUAUCCUGUGAGAUGAUUUCUAAAAAGGUAUUUAAAUUAGGCCGCUAAUUAAUCAUACCACAGUUGCCUAAUCACCGAAGGUACAAAACUGGAUUAAAACUCCAUAAUGGGUCCAUCAGAUGUUUUUAUGAUAAAGCAUAACGUGAGCACCUCCUGAUAUUGAUCAGUGUUGAUUAUAAUAUAUUAUAAAAAUGCUUUAUAAAAUAGUUACCAAAUAAUUUUUAUUUCUUAUUGACCAUUGUAUUAAUUUUUUAAUGCAAUAAGGCAACUAUUCAUCGAGAUUUUCUCGAAACUAUCACAAAUAUUUGCAUUAUUUUUAUCGAUCAAUUUUUAUUGUUUUUAUUUACCAAUAUCUCACGGACAGUAAUUUAAGAGAACUGAGCUUUUUGCUCAAGAUAGAAAAGCAACUCCGAAAUCACAUUCAAUAUUGUUAUAGAAUAUCAGAUUGAUUGGUAUGAAUUUACCAAAAUAAGUCCUAGUUAUUUAACGUGGUUCUUGUAUGAUUUGUUUUUUUAUGAGAAAAAUUUUAUAACUUCAUCAAAAUAAUCCGCAACCUUGAUCAUUGCUUUGAUUGUCAAUUGUGAAAAGUAAAACUGAUACCACAUAACCUGGUCCAGAUUUAAUAGCUUAAUAAAAAAAUUGCCUUUGAAAUGAGAAAGACUUGUGUUUGUAACAACUAAUUAUAUUCUCAAUUCUUAUAUUUUAUCAUACUGCAUAAAACAUUUCUCAAGCCUGUAAAUAUUGUCAAAAGUGAAUGUAUUACAUCAAUGCACUUUGUAACUGUGUUGGCAUUUUCUGAAUUAAACACAUGAAACAAGCAUGGACUACGUCGACUUUUUUCCCACAAUUUUCGACACCUACCGUUCGAAAGUUCAAUCUCCAUUUGAAACCAAUGCAAGAAAAAUAAACAAAGA